AUCCUCUCCUCACAGACACUGCCCCCCUUUCCCAACACAACAAACCCACACAGACACUCAGACUGUGACUCACACACACACACAAACACAUAUAUACACACCGCCUAACAAGAUACUAAAUGGCUGAGACUUGAGACACAGCCUGAUCUGUGUCCCACGUCCCUCUUCCAUGUCCUGGUCCAUGUUUGAGCUUCUGGGUCUGGAAGAUUUGAUGCUAAUAUAGUUAGUAGUACUAGUAUUUGGAGUUAGUUUGAAAAGUGGUGGUGGUGGCUGGUAGUGGUGACGGUGGAGAUGAAUAGUGGUGGUGUAGGAGGUGGAGGUGGAGGUGGGGGUGGGGGUGGGGGUGGAGGUGGGGUAGGGGGAGUCACUGGAGGGAUGGGGACAGGGAUGCUGGCAAUGAGGUCUCCGUUUACAGUGUCUCAAUGGCAAGAACUGGAACAUCAAGCUUUGAUUUUUAAGUACAUGAUGGCAGGUUUGCCUGUGCCACCUGAUCUUGUGCUACCUAUUCAGAAGAGCUUUGAGUCCAUUUCUCAUAGAUUCUUCCACCAUCCCACCGUAUCACAUUUCCAGCAUAAUUUUGCAGUGGGUUAUUGCUCCUUCUAUGGGAAAAAGGUUGACCCUGAGCCAGGGCGAUGCAGGAGAACCGAUGGCAAGAAAUGGAGGUGCUCCAAAGAUGCAUACCCUGACUCCAAGUAUUGUGAGCGCCACAUGCACCGUGGCCGCAACCGUUCAAGAAAGCCUGUGGAAUCACAAAACAUAACACAGUCAUCAUCCGCUGUGACAUCACUGACUGUUACUGGGAGCAGCAGUGGGACUGGAAGCUUCCAGAACCUUCCCUUGCACGCCUUUGGUAAUCUCCAGGGCACUGGUUCUGGAACUAACCAAUCCCAUUAUAAUUUGGACUCCAUUCCCUAUGGAAUCCCUAGCAAGGAUUACAGGUGUGGUCAAGGUAUUAAGCCUGAGGCUGGUGAGCAUAGUUUCUUCUCUGGAGCUUCAGGGAGCAACAGGGGUCUCCAGAUAGACUCACAGCUUGAUAGUGCAUGGUCAUGGAGGCAAUCCAGAGUUUCAUCAUUUCCCACAUCAAAGUCUAUUGAUAAUUCAAUGUUGCAGAAUGAUUAUCCCCAGCAUUCAUUUUUCACUGGCGAAUUCACAACCGGGGAACCUGUGAAGCAAGGUGGCCAGUCUCUUAGACCCUUCUUUGAUGAGUGGCCUAAAACAAGGGAUUCUUGGUCUGGCCUUGAAGAUGAUAGAUCCAAUCCAGCCUCAUUCUCCACAACCCGGCUUUCAAUAUCCACCCCCAUGGCUUCGUCGGACUUGUCCACACCGAGUUCUCAUUCGCCACACGAUAACUGAAGAGGUCAGGUCAAGAAAUGGUGGAAGCAUUUUCAGAAUGUCCUGGAAAAUUGUAACAAUAUUAAACAUGUGGAUGCUUAAAAGGGUCAGACAUCCAUUGAUGUAGUUUGAUUUUCAAUCAUGGUUAAACUGUUGUUGGUUAUCAACAUAGAUGCUUGUGUAAUGGAUUCAUUUGAAAGCUUUGCAAACUCCAGUUCUAGUUGUGGAAUAAAACAAACUCUGGCUGUGGUGAUUGAGGAACCCAAAAGCAUUGUGGGUUUUGUAUUGAAUCAUAGAGCUUGUUUGCAGAUCUGUUCCAGUUGAUAAUUACUUCUGCAUAUGCACGUGGAUUUACAAACAUUUCUUUUUGAUGUUCACGAUCAAUAGUUUUCUGAUUUCGGAAUAGGAAUAUGGGAACUGUGGCAUGAUAUUAUUAUGGAAUU